AUGACUGUCGCGAUUCCCUCUAUUUUCGAACGUAUCGUUAAUGUCGUCAGGCCAAUUCUCACAAUAUUCGCGAUGCCGUACGCUAUUGCUGGUAAACCGCAUGCUCCCGCAGUACCUGCUGGUUCAAUUACUAAUUGGAGUCACGCAGGCUCACAGCAGGCGGCCGCUCUUGACGGCCCGGUCAAAUACUCGAUCUUGGAGUUCGUCAGGAUGUGUGCAUUGCUAACGUUCUGCGGGACAUUAUUGAUCAUAGUUGUUGGCACUCUGGCUUACGAGUGGAAACUCAAGUUCACCAAAACCAUCAUGGAUCGAUUAGCGCACCUCGAAGCUGCCUAUGAGCUCGUGAAGACUUACGCAGCAGCCCAGAAAGCAGAGCUCGUCCAACUGCGACUGGAGAAUGAGCACCUCACGGACGCGCUUGAGCUCUUGGACAACCGUGCGACCACCCAGAAGAUCCAGGCCGUGCAACUACAGUUGGACAACGAACAGCUCAAGGGUCUUGUCCGCACCUUGACGCUUACGAACGAGGAUCAACAGGCGUGCUCACGGCGUGCCGAGGAAAAGGCUGCCGCUGUCAAGACCCAAAAUGUCGGGCUGGCCGACAAAAUAAUGGCGUUGCGCCGUCAAGUGUUCCAACUUGAGCAAGAGAAGCGGCAGCAGAAGGUGUUGCUGCAGCGGCAAAUCGAUAUCAAGACACUCGUGAAGGAGAAUACCAACGCAAUACGAGCUCUCGACAAGCGGGUCAACUCCAAGGGCACCGAUCCGAGCGGGUCGGACAGUGGACAAAGCUGCGAAUGCUUCACGCCUUUUAGUCAGUCCAGGAACAUAAGCUCUACAACCAGGUCGAUCGCCCACGCAAGACAGCUACAGCACGUCAUCCGCAGCAUCUUAGUGGGAGAUUGCUCAAUCGAAAGCACACUGUCAACCUUCUUCAGUCUACCUUCACGUUCACGCUCAUGCUCUCCCACCAGCGGAGACACCAAUACUUCUCGCGUAAGCGUGGACGAGCUACUAGAAAAGAAUCUUGAAGCCCGUAUCUAUACAAUCAAAGACUUCGUGUACGCGCUCGAUCUCGCGCGAGAGCAGUUCCGAUCUCAGUCCAAUACGUCGCCUUGUGUUUCCGAAGGGUCGAGACGAUUUGACAGUGCAACUUGCCUCGGAAUGCCAACGGAGAUUGGUUGCUGCUAG